AUGGAUAUAUUUAGUGCUCGUAUUUCAAUUCAGUGGGGGAAUGAUGAACCUAUUGAGAAGACGUCAACUUGGGUCAUUCAAACAGCAGGUGGCAGAUUUGUUGACUUGAGGCCAUUUUUGCCAGGUUAUGUUGACGAGACGAAAUUUCCUAUGGAAUUUUGCAACUUCGGGUCCACUAUUGAGUUGGAAGGAUCAAAAAAACAGUUCACUCAAGAGUUAUCUCUGGCGAAAUUUGUAGAUGGUAAAUACGUGGAAAAUGACGGAGGUCUCCCGGACAUUGGAGAAUUUGAAGAGCUGCCCAAUGGAGACUUCAAAGAAGUGGGAGAAAUGGCUAAUCCUGACAGGAACAACAAGAUUGAACCUUACAUUGAAAUUUGGAGAGAUCUAGAUCCGUACAAGGAUGGUCCACAGGUAGAGAAACUUGAUCCAAAAAGUGCGCCUAAUGUUCACUUCAGCUAUUGUUUUGACCUGAGCUCUGAAGGAGUCAAAGGGCGUUUCGUUCGUAUUGGCAAUUGGUUUCAAGGGUUAUUAGGACACUUGAAUAAUCCCAAGCGUACAGACUCCCCUCCUUUAUCUGCUAUUAGAGGAUACUACGACACAAAUGGGGACGUCAAAAUUUUGCUUAGCGUGGGAGAGAACACAGACGAUUUCCCAAUAAAAAACUACAAGCCAUCACAGCUGACGGUCAACAAAUCACAACCAGUCAACCAAUUAAUAUGGAAAUGUGUCGAGUUAAAUUAA